AACUCGAAUCACCAAACCGGAGAGACCAAACAGGCGGGGUUGAGCACCCUCCCGGAUCUCCAGCCCGCCUCCGCCGCGUCGCCGCCGCCGAGCGCCGCAACGAUGGCCACCCCGGACCUGCUCUUCAACCUGCGGAACCUCUUCUACCUGGGCGCCUACCAGGCGGCCAUCAACAACAGCGACGUCCCGGGCCUCGACGCCGACGCCGCCGCCGAGCGCGACGCCAUCGUCUUCCGCUCCUACAUCGCGCUCGGCUCCUACCAGCUUGUGAUCAGCGAGAUCGACUCGUCCGCCGCGACGUCGCUGCAGGCCGUGAAGCUGCUUGCGCUGUACCUCACCGGGGAUAAGGAAGGUGCAAUCUCCAGUCUCAAGGAAUGGUUGAGCGAUUCAGCAAUUGGGAGCAAUCCUGUUCUUCGAUUGAUUGCUGGAAUUAUAUUUAUGCAUGAGCAGGACUAUAAUGAGGCGCUCAAGCACACACACUCUGGAGGAACUCUGGAUUUGCAUGCAUUGAAUGUCCAGAUCUUCAUUAAGAUGCAUCGUUCAGACUAUGCUGAGAAGCAAUUGAAGAUCAUGCAACAAAUUGAUGAAGACCAUACACUGACACAACUUGCAAACGCAUGGUUGGACAUUGCUGUUGGUGGCUCUAAGAUCCGUGAAGCUUACCUCAUAUUCCAAGACUUUGCUGAAAAGUACCCAAUGACAGGGAUGGUUCUGAAUGGGAAAGCAGUUUGCUGUAUGCACAUGGGAAGCUUUGAGGAGGCCGAGACUCUAUUGCUUGAAGCAUUGAACAAGGAUGCAAAAGAUCCUGAAACUCUUGCCAAUCUCAUUGUAUGUAAUCUCCACCUUGGCAAAUCAUCAUCACGAUUCCUCAGCCAGCUGAAGCUAUCGCAUCCUGAUCAUGUGCUAGUGAAGAACUCAGCAUCAUCAGAAGCAAACUUCGAGAGGGCCCUCCAAGCCGUUGCUUGAGCACGACAAACCGCAUCCAGAUUACAGAAAGCAGCACAUUGGUCCAGUUUCCCAUUUGUUGUGUUUAACACAGUGGAGUGGUGGUUCUGUUUGUCUAAUUUCCUCGAUGGUAAUAGUAAAGUUACAUGGCCAAUUCUGUACCGGAACAACAGCUGUAUAAACGGAUAUGUAGAAUAUCGAUUUGUUACUUUUUGUCGUCAACGUCAGCAUUUUGUUAUGUGGCCAGACUAGCAAUACUGCCAA